CCGCCCCGCCAUCUUUCAACGGUUCGAAGUUCAUCUCAUCUCAACAGACUUUAUUUCCAGAAGAAAAAAAAAGAAGAGAAAAUGUAUGUGCAGGGAAGCUAAGCUGGUAUCUGCUGAGCGGCGGGGAUCAGAUCAUACAUGUGGAAAAAAUAAACAAAGAAAAUGGCGACAUUGGCGGAUAUAGGGUUAUCGGCACUGAUAAACCUGGGAGUGGCCAUAGCCUGCUUGAUUGCUUUUGCUCUGCUAAGGAUUCAGCCGAUUAACAAAAAGGUGUACUUUCCCAAGUGGGAAAUCAACAGUGAGAGAAGCAAAGACCCCAAGAAUAACAAGAAGGACGGAAACUAUCUCAAGAGUUACCUCACUUUCCUAAACUGGAUGCCCCAAGCCCGGAAGAUGAAGGAGGAUGACCUCAUCGACCAUGCCGGCCUCGACUCCGCUGUCUUCUUGAGGAUUUAUACCCUUGGUUUAAAGAUAUUCGGGCCGACCGCAAUUGUGGUCGUGUUGUUUCUGAUCCCAGUGAAUGCCUCUGAUGCGACACUGUUCUUCCUGAGCAACGAUCUCGUUGUUAGCGAGAUUGACAAUUUCUCUAUAUCCAAUGUCACCCCUAAAUCUACCAAGUUUUUUGUGCACAUAGGAAUGGAGUAUUUGUUCACAUUUUGGACAUGUUUUUGGCUAUACAAAGAAUAUGGGAGAGUGGCAUCAAUGAGACUCAACUUUUUGUCCUCGCGACAGCAUCGUCCUGAACAGUUCACUGUACUUGUCCGGAACAUACCACCGGAUCCUCUAAAAUCGAUAUCUGAGAAACUAGAGGAGUUUUUUAUGAAGAAUUACCCAGAUCACUAUCUUCACCACAAGGUUGUUUAUGACGUCAAGAGCUUGGCGAAACCUGUUAAGAAACGACGCCGGCUUCAAGAUUGGGUGGAGUACUACCGUAUGGAUUUUCACCAGUAUGCAACAAGGAGGUCAGGCUUUCUUGGACUUUGGGGUAGAAGAGUUCCUUGCACUGAGUUUUAUGCAAAGAAAUGUGAAAAAAUGGACGACAAAUUGGACGAGAUGCGUAGCAAGAUUAUGAAUGACCCAAAGUGUAUGACUCCAGCUGCAUUCGUCUCGUUCCGUACACGAUGGGGGGCAGCUGUGUGUGCCCAGACACAGAAUGGCAAGAACCCUAUACAGUGGCAUACACGGUGGGCCCCUGAGCCCCGAGACAUAUGUUGGAAGAAUGUGCCACUGUCAUUUCUUUCUAUGAGUUUCCGGAGACUGUUGAUGACAAUACUGUUAUUUGCUUUGAUCUUCUUUUACAUGAUACCUAUUGCAUUUGUGCAAUCUCUGGCAAAUCUGGAAGGUCUUGAAAAGGUCGCGCCUUUCCUAAGGCCGUUUAUUGAAUGGAAGGUGAUCAAGUCUUUCCUACAGGGUUUCGUUCCCGGUUUAACUCUUAAGAUCUUCUUGUUAGUUCUACCGGACAUUCUUUUGUUCAUGUCUAAAAUUGAGGGGCAUGUGGCAUUAUCAGUGAUAGAAAGGACAGCAGCAGCAAAGUAUUACUAUUUCAUUCUCAUCAAUAUAUUUUUUGGGAGUAUUGUCGCAGGAACGGCUUUCCAGCAACUCAAUGCAUUUCUUCACCAGUCUGCUUCCCAAAUACCAAGAAACGUUGGAGUAUCAAUACCCAUGAAAGCGACAUUCUUCAUAACAUACAUAAUGGUUGAUGGGUGGUCUGUCAUUGCUCUUGAGAUUCUUAGGCUGAAACCCUUUCUCGUUUAUCAUCUUCUGAAAAUGUUUGCGAAAACAGAAAAGGACAAGCGUAACGCAAUGUACCCUGGUGGGGUAAAUUUCUAUAGGACUCUCUCCACUCUGCAACUGUACUUUCUUCUGGGUAGUGUCUACGCUGUGGUCACUCCAAUUCUUCUUCCUUUCAUACUCGUCUUCUUUGCCUUCGCAUACCUUGUGUACCGUCACCAGGUUAUCAAUGUGUACGAUCAGCAAUACGAGAGUGCAGGUGCAUUUUGGCCACACGUUCAUGGUCGCAUAAUAGCAAGCUUGGUGCUUUCUCAACUUCUCCUUAUGGGUUUGCUUAGUACAAAAAAGGCUGCCAAAUCUACUCCUUUGCUCAUUCUGUUGCCAUUUCUGACCUUUGCAUUUCACAAAUAUUGCAAGAGCCGAUUUGAGCCUGCAUUCAGAACAUAUCCCCUCGAGGAAGCAAUGGAGAAGGACAAGCAAGACGGUGGGGCCAAUUCAAAAACGUUGAAUGCAGAUACAUAUCUGAACCCAAUUUUCUACCCAUUUGAAGAGGGGAGAUUGACGUUGAUAAACAUAGUGGGCGCCUUUGUGUUCUUGCUGGCGUUUGCCCUAUUAAGGAUUCAGCCCAUCAAUGACAGGGUUUACUUCCCCAAGUGGUACAUUCUCAAGAAGAGAAGUGAUGAGCCCAGCCAAGUUCCCAAUUUGGUUGGCAGAUUUAUUAACCUCAAUCUCAAGACUUACCUCACUUUCCUCAACUGGAUGCCCCAGGCUCUGAGCAUGAGUGAGCCCCAGAUCAUCGCUCACGCCGGGCUUGACUCUGCAGUGUUUUUGAGGAUUUAUACCCUCGGUUUAAAAAUAUUUGGACCGACUGCCAUUGUAGCCCUCUUGGUUCUUAUCCCAGUCAAUGCUUCAGGUGGAAGUCUAUUUUUCCUCCGUAAGGACUUGGUUGUUAGUGAGAUUGACAACUUGUCCAUAUCCAACAUCAGCCCCAAAUCUUUGAAAUUUUUUGUGCAUUUAGCAAUGGAAUAUCUGUUCUCAUUUUGGACAUGUUAUAUGCUGUACAAAGAGUAUGGCAGAGUGGCGUCAAUGAGAUUCAAAUUUUUGGCUUCUCGGGGCCGGCGAGUUGAACAGUUCACUGUACUCGUCAGAAAUAUACCACGUCAAUCUGGCCACUCGAUAUCAGAUAGUGUGGAAAUGUAUUUUAAGAAGACUAAUCCGGAUCACUAUCUCUGCCAUCAGGUUGUAUAUGACGCGGACAACUUUGCCAAACUUGUGAGAAGGCGAAAUAGGCUUCGGAAUCGGUUAGACUACUACCUGAUCAAGUUUGAAAGAAAUCCGAAGAGCAGGCCAACCAUGAAGAUAGGUUUUCUCGGACUUUUCGGUCAAAAAGUUGAUUCCAUUAACUACUAUAGUCAAAAAAUUGGAGAGCUGGACAAAAGACUGACAAUGAAGCGUGACAAGAUUCUGAAAGACCCGCGCUUUAUAACUCCAGCGGCUUUUGUAUCAUUCAGUUCAACAUGGGCAGCAGCUGUUAGUGCUCAAACACAACAAAGCAGGAACCCAACACUGUGGCUAACAAAUUGGGCCCCAGAACCGCGGGAUAUAUAUUGGAAGAACCUUUCCGUGUCAUUUCUUUCUCUAAGCAUCCGGAGAUUGGUGAUACCUAUAUCAUUGUUUGCUUUAGUUUUCUUUUACAUGAUUCCCAUUGCUUUUGUGCAAUCACUUGCAAACUUGGAAGGUUUAGAAAAGGUCGCACCUUUCCUAAGGCCAUUAAUUGAAUGGAAGGUCAUCAAGUCUUUCCUACAGGGUUUCCUCCCCGGGCUAGCUCUUAAAGUCUUCUUGGCCGUUCUUCCAACACUUCUAAUGAUCAUGUCAAAAGUCGAGGGGCAUGUGGCUUUAUCUUUGCUUGAGAGGACAACUGCAGCAAAAUAUUACUAUUUUAUGUUGGUCAAUGUAUUUCUUGGGAGCAUUGUGGCUGGAACAGCUUUUCAGCAACUCCAUGCUUUUCUUCACCAAUCUGCUACACAAAUACCAAGAAACAUUGGGGUAUCAAUACCCAUGAAAGCUACCUUCUUUAUAACGUAUAUAAUGGUUGACGGGUGGGCUGGCAUUGCCAGUGAGAUUCUCAGGCUGAAACCUUUGGUCAUUUUUCAUCUCAAGAACAUGUUCCUAGUGAAGACCGAACGGGACAGAGAAAAGGCAAUGAGUCCUGGAAGUGUAAGCUUUCAUGAGACUCUCCCAACUAUUCAACUAUACUUCCUUCUGGGUACUGUAUAUGCCGUGGUCACCCCAAUUCUUCUUCCUUUCAUACUCGUCUUCUUUGCCUUGGCCCACCUUGUGUACCGUCAUCAGGUUAUUAAUGUGUAUGAUCAGCAAUAUGAGAGCGCUGCUGCAUUUUGGCCACAUGUUCAUGGUCGCAUAAUUGCGAGCUUAGUUAUCUCUCAACUUCUUCUGAUGGGUUUACUCAGCACAAAGAAGGCUGCUAAGUCCACUCCUCUGCUCAUUCUGUUGCCGAUUUUAACAUUAGCCUUUCACAAAUACUGCAAGAACAGGUUUGAGCCUGCGUUUCGACAAUAUCCUCUUGAGGAAGCAAUUGAGAAGGACAUGGAGCAACGCGGGGCUGAAUCAGAUGGCCAUUUCAAAGCACGGUUAGCCGAUGCAUAUCUGCACCCGAUUUUCCACUCUUUUGGAGAAGUUGAAAUAAUGGCAGAAGAGAUUUACACCAAAAACCAGGAUCACAUCUAAAGUCCGUUUGAUGAACGCAUCGAUCAUAUGUUAAAGACGAGCCAUUAGGCAAUGCCAUGCCCUCUCCAAGAUGAAUAUAUAGGAGCAGUCUUA